ACGCACGCACGCAAUCUGCAUGUAUAUGUCCACAUGAUCAUUCACCGCACCGUCUCUCCGUCUGGACAUGAAUGCGGAGAGCCUGCUCGCAUCGGCGGCCAUAAACAUCGGUCUGGCCUUCGUGAUCCUCUCCCUCUUCUCCGUCUUCAAGAGACAGCCAUCCAACGCCGGCAUCUACUACGCCCGCCGCCUCGCCCUCGGCCACCACAUCCCCUUCGACCACUCCUUCACCCUCCGCCGCUUCCUCCCCUCCGUCUCCUGGAUCUCCCGCGCCAUCUACGUCACCGAAGACGAAAUCCUCGAGAUCAGCGGCCUCGACGGCCUCGUCUUCAUUAGGCUCUUCAAAUUCGGCAUCAAUUUCUUUUCCAUAUGCUCUCUUGUUGGAUUGGUGAUACUCCUCCCACUCAAUUAUACAGCUCAUGAUGGGCCAUCUAAGAGCUCGGAUUCCAUGUCCAUGGAUUCUUUCUCAAUAUCCAAUGUCGAUCGAGGCUCUGACAGGCUUUGGGUACAUUUCGUAUGCUUAUGGAUAAUAUCUGUUUAUGGACUGUACCUUCUAUAUAAGGAAUAUGACGAUAUACUGAAGAAAAGGAUUCAGCAACUCUGCAACAAUAGGCAUCGGCCAGACCAAUUGACUGUUUUAGUUCGAGAAAUCCCCGUGUGUGAGGAGCAUAAGGCCCAUGGGUGUUGCGUUGAGGACUUCUUCUCUAAACACCAUGCAUACGCUUAUGGAUCUUAUCAAAUUCUAUACGAUGGGAAGAAUCUUGACGAGUUGUUGAAAGAAGCAAAACGUAUAUCAAGAAAGAUUGAAAACUUGAGGCACCAUCCUGUGGCUAAGAAUCGUAAUAAAGAAUUCACACUUUCUGAUUCAAUCAGAGAAGAUGCCAAAAUUGCGCGGUAUGGGGAAAGGCUUGAUGCGCUUUGUCAGAAGAUAGGCCAUAUACAGUGCAGAAAGUUGUUCGAAGAAAAGGAGUUGCCUGUUGCUUUUGUUACAUUCAGAAACCGGUGGGGUGCUGCACUAGCUGCCCAGUCUCAACAGAACUCAAAUCCACUUCUAUGGAUCACUGAAAUGGCUCCAGAACCAAGGGAUGUGUUGUGGAGGAACUUGGCAAUUCCAUAUAAGCAUUUGCCACUCCAUAAAAUUGGAGUUUAUACUGCAGCAUCACUUCUUACUCUAUUUUUCACCAUCCCAGUUACUGCAAUUCAAGGAAUUGCAAAGUACGAGAGAUUAAAGAAAUGGUUUCCUCCAGCCAUGGCAAUACGGUUGAUACCAGGCUUGGGGCCAGUUAUUACAGGAUAUCUUCCCAGUGCCAUCCUCACUGGAUUUAUAUACAUAGUUCCGUUUGCCAUGCUUGCAAUGGCUAAACUAGCAGGUUAUGUGUCAAGGAGUAAAAAGGAGAUAAAAGCUUGCAACAUGGUUUUUUAUUUCCUAGUGGGAAAUGUAUUCUUCUUGAGCUUGUUAUCAGGGACUUUACUUGAUCAAAUUGGACAGUCUUUCACUCAUCCUAAGGAUUUUCCUAGCCGUCUUGCGAGUGCUGUCUCAGCCCAAGCAGACUUCUUUAUGACUUACAUCUUGACAAAUGGGCUGGCUGGCUUUUCCCUGGAGAUUCUUCAGCCUGGGUUACUUAUUUGGGAUAGUUUAAAGUCGUGCACAUGCGACCGUGAAAAGGGCACCAAUCUUUAUCUUUAUUCCCUGCCUUACUACAGAUAUGUCCCUUUGGUUUCUCUUUCGAUACUAAUUGGUAUGGUGUAUUCAGUCGUGGCGCCAUUGCUUCUCCCGUUACUUAUUGUCUACUUCUUUCUCGGCUACGUUGUGUUUAUCAACCAGAUUGAAGAUGUAUACGAAACCACUUACGAGACAUGUGGUCAAUAUUGGCCAUACAUCCAUCGUUAUAUUUUUCUCGCAAUCGUUCUCACGCAGAUCUCUAUGAUGGGUCUUUUUGGACUGAAGUCAAAGCCCGCUGCCUCCUUUGCUACGAUACCACUCCUCUUAUUCACGUUGAUGUUCAACGAGUAUUGCAAGAUGCGUUUCAAUCCAACAUUUUUUAAUUACCCUGUCCAGGAGGCCAAGAGGAACGACGAACUCGAUGAGAAGAGUGGUUUGCUGGAAGCUAAUUACCAGAAAGCACUGGAUGCAUAUUGCCCUCCGUGUUUGCGGCCAGUGAAAUUCACCUUAGAAGAAUCAAGCUCCUCACAGCCAUUUAUAUCUUCGACAUGAGAUCUACAGCACUUUCUUCUCUUUCGGUUCUCAGUUUAUGUUUGGACAGUCUGGAAUUUUCUGUCCAAAAGAAUAUCUGUUUGCGAUCCUCAAUGGUGUUUUAUGUGCCUUUCAUGUAACAAAUUACUCUACUUACUGUUUGAUGUAGGUUAGAUGAGUAUGCGCUGAAGACCAGGCUUUUUUUGUGAUGGGAAUUGGUUGUAGUGAACAUAAUAUUUCGUAUUUAAUGUUUUCACAAUGUACGAAAAAUGUGCUUGGUCACAAUUUUUGAGCUUGUUUUUCAGAGAUUUUUUUUCAAUUUCUGAGAAAUAUAGAAAGGAUGUUUUCAAAUUUUGUAAAUUACUCGGUUAAAUAUGUAACGUUGAGUAUUCUUGUUUUGAUAA